AUGUCAGUUACUGAAUUAGAAGUUUUCAUUGGCUUAAUAAUAUUUACAAUGUAUAACCAAAGAUUGUCUCAACGGGAUUAUUGGUCUCAAGAUCCACAUUUGAAAGCAGAACCAGUGGCAUCUGCAAUGACACGCGAUAAUUUUGAAAACAUAAAAUCAAAAAUAAAAUUCCACGAACCCGAAUAUCAAAAUAAUGCUGACAGAGAAUGGCGUGUAAGAAAAUUGACUGAUAUAUUCCGGAGCAAUCUAAUUCGAUUUGGCAUUUUUUCAAGUUCACUAUCCAUCGACGAGAUGAUGUUAAGAUUUUAUGGAAGGUCAGUUUUGAAGCAGUUUAUAAAAGGUAAACCAGUAAGGUUUGGAAUAAAAUUAUGGGCUCUCUGCAGUUCCAAUGGUUACCUUUUUGAUUUUGAAAUAUAUUGUGGCAAAAUGGACAAUAAAAGUGAAAAAUUAGCAAACUGUACUCUUGGUAGUCGUGUUGUUAUAAAUAUGUUACAAGUCGUUUUCCGUAAUGUACAUCUGCGUAACCGAGAAGAUCUGCACAUUUAUUUUGACAAUCUCUUCACUAGUCCGGAUCUUCUAGUUCAUUUGAAAAAAUAUGGAUUAGUUGCUACUGGUACAGUCAGAGCAAAUAGAGUCAAUAUCAAGAAUGCAAUCACAGAGAAAGAUGAAAGAGGAAAAUGGGAAGUGAAACACGAAAAAAAGAGUGGCAUAAAUUUCAUAACUGUGAUGGACUCCAAACCAGUUUCUUUAUUAUCCACUGCAGCUGGAGUAACGCCACUGGGAAAAGUAAAACGUCGUCAGAAAGGCAAGAAAGAAAAAAAAGAAUUAGAUUUUCCGAAUGCGUUUAUGCUGUAUAAUCAGUUCAUGGGUGGCGUUGAUUUACACGAUCAACGAUGCAAUGCAAUAGAGCCAAUUAUAAGAUCGAAGAAAUAG